UUUCAGAGAAACACUUAGGCAUCUACAUCUUCUCCAACCAGUACUCAAUCAUCUGAUGGCAGACAGACCUUACCUUUGACCAGUUGGUCACUCAGUGCCAGACUGCUAUGUUCAAAUACUAUGAAAGCAGACCAAAAGUACCACUCUAUGACCCAGCUGUGACGAGGAACUUUUGUGAGAAGAAUGCUCCUGGGCUUUUUGAUCUUCUACUGAGGUCAAUAACAAGCGAUGACAACAGAGUAUUGCCUGAUAGGAUGUUCCUACAAAGGCAAAGAACAGUUUCACUGUUACACAUUCUAUCAUACUUCAGAUUUGUGAAGACAUGCCAGCUGCAAAAGGACAGUGGUUUGUACUCAUUGCUUGGUGGAUUUUCAUUACAGGGAUUGUCCCCUGGACCAGUGCUAGGCUUCUCAGUUAAUCCCACAACCGUCCAGAACAUGAAGACAUAUAUGGCCAAGACCCACAGUGAUCAUGUUACUAAACAACUACAACAAGUUAAUGCUGUAUGUACAUACACAAGACACAACAUUGAUACACACAGUUACACAUACUUAGGGUUCAAGAAUAAGGACCAUGCAACAAAAUAUAAUUAGACACAUUUUCAUUUUUCAGCUUGACUGCUUCAUGAUAAACCUUCUGGAUGAUUAUCACAAUAUCUACUGCAAACAUGUUCCAACUGACCUACAAAAAAUCAAGAUUGCACACAUGGCCUCCGCUAUGCUAGACAUACAUUCACACAUCCCAGAAGUAAAGAGAACCAAUGUCAACCCACAUCGACAAGUCAAAGUAAACUUCAGGGUAGUAGUAGUAGUAGUAGUAGUAGUAGUAGUCUUUAUUUCCACAAGAUAAAAAAU